AUGGCGGACGCCACGUGCAGGCAAGACUAUCACUUAGAAUGGCACCAUACUCUAACCAAGCUUGAGGCCAUAUUCAGUGCCUUCUGGGCACGCCUGGCAAACAGAGAGCAACAUGCCAAAGCUCCAGUACACUCACCCGAUGAAAAACCCGCACGUAUCUGCCACAGCCGCACGGGCUUCCGCCCAAAGAGAUCUAUAAGAUGGCGCAGAACACGGAGACUUCUUUGA